AUGGCAAGGAGCGCAGCAGCAGCCCGCCUCAGCCGGCGGGCGCAGUGCGCCGCCUUUGCCUCUGCCACCGCCUCCGCGCCGCUGCAGGCUGCAUCGCCGCCGCCGCCGAGCGUGGGCGCCCCCAUCGUGGUCGUCGCGUUUGGGGGCAAUGCCCUGCUGAAGCGCGGCGAGCCGCUGACCAUGGAGGUCCAGCAGCGCAACGCCAAGACGGCGGCGGCGGCGGUGAGGCAGCUGGUAGAUGCGGGCUACUCGGUCUGCUGCACGCACGGCAACGGCCCACAAGUUGGCAUGCUGGCGCUGCAGGACCCCACGGCGAGGCUUGAGGUGCUGGAUGCGGAGACGGAGGGGCAGCUGGGGUUCCUGCUGGAGCUGGAGCUGGCCAAUGCGCUGCAGCAUCGGCAGGUGGCGGCCUUGCUGACGCAGGUGGUGGUUGACCCGGGGGAUGAGGCUUUCCAGCACCCGCGCAAGCAGGUCGGGCCUCGCUACAGCAAGCAGGAGGCGGAGCAGAUGGCUCGUGACAAGGGGUGGGCUGCGGGCAUCAUCACGGUGUGCUGUGGCGGUGGCGGCAUUCCUGUUGCGGUGGACGGGCGUGGGAUGAGGAGAGGAGUGGAGGCGGUGGUGGACAAGGACGAAGCAUCUGCCCUGCUGGGCAUUAAGCUCAAGGCAGACUGGCUGCUGAUGCUGACAGAUGCCGGGGCGAUCUACGAUCCCUCAGGCUGGCCCAGGGAGCAGCGGCCCAUCCCCUCUCCUGUGAAGGCCGGCCAGCUGCAGAUGUCGUUUGCCUCGGGCAGCAUGGCGCCCAAAGUGGCCGCCGCCUGCCGCUUCGUGACGGCCACAGGCGGCAAGGCCGCGGUGGGCAGCAUUGGAGACGCACUGCACAUCUUGCAGGGCCGGGCAGGCACCGUGAUCGAGGCAUGA